AGCAGCAAACGUGCUUUCGAAAUGACGGGGAUAAAAAUGCUCCUGAUCGCCUUGGCGCUUUUUAAAGUGGUCCUGGCAGACAUGGCAUUUCCCCGAAGGAUAGUUCUCAGUCCUGGACACCUGCAACUGCUGUGGACGCCGGGUCAGGAGUAUCUCAUGCUCAGGGUGGAGGUGAGGACGCAGGGCUACUUCGCCCUCACCUUCGGCAGCGUGCACGGCGACCCCAACGACACCCAGGACGCACUGCUCGCAUGGACUGAUGACUCGGAAGUUCUACUUCAGGACGCGGUGGUGCGGCGAGACGGCUCUCUCAUCGCGGACAAAACCAACGACUACGAGCUGUUGGAAGGCGCGAGAAACGAGUCUGACUUUUUGAGCGUGACCGUGCAGCGCCGGUGGAGCACCUGCGACCAACUCGAGGACAUGCCUCUGGGGGCGGGCAGCGUUUUGGUGAGUUGGGCGAUCUUUCCGAGGGCGCCGGAGAAUCUGGAGGAAUUCGCAAGGUUGGAGGAAGGCGAGAGACACGGUUCGCAGGUCGUUAUUUUCAAAGCGCCGCCUCCGCCGCUGCCUCCCACCUCGGGUUUGCGAGUGUGGCCCGUCAUGCUUCCCAAAGUCCACGUGUCGAGCAACUCGAGCUAUCUGCGUUGGUGCACCAUGUUCCACGCGCCGGAAACCAAAGACAAGCAUUGGAUAGUUGGAGCAAAACCAGAGGUGAACCAUCCCGAGAAGGUGAAGAAAAUAAUUUUGCUCGAGUGCAGAAGUGAAACUGCAGAACCAGGACAGCUCGCACCUGGACAGGCAGGUCGACCCUGCAAUUCCAAGGAGGCUGUUCCAAAUGUGUGCAAGACUGUAGCUUUGGUCUGGACCCCUGGCAAUGAAGUCAUCAUGUUUCCGAGGGACGUGGGCAUCCCUGUUGGACUCAAUGCUGGCGGAACAGAUUACUAUCUUCUGCAGGUGUUUUUUGCUCUGACCGACUCGUCUGAGGUGGUUGUCGACAGUUCUGGCUUGCGGGUUUUGCUGUCGAGCAAAAAGCCUAAACACCAGGCGUCGAUUUUGCAGGUCGGAUUGGACCCUGACGCACUCCUAGUUCUGCCCCCUCGGCAGCCGUCCACCAUCGUGCGCGGCUGGUGCUUCCAACAAUGCUUACAAAAAUUUUUACAGCCAGCUCAGGGCAAAGCAAUCACACUGGUUUCUGUGCUUCUUUACGGGCAUUCCGCUUUAAAAAAGGUUGUCCUGCGGCAUCUUCAGGAGGCGGAUGAAUUGACUCCGAUUGCGAUAGAGUUUGGUUAUCAGAGCGAAAACCAGGGAAUUUUAUAUCUGGACCCAAAGCGGAGGAUACAGGUAGCUUCUGAUAAUCUGGUGAUGGAGUGCGAAUUCAACACUCAGGACAGGGACAGGACCAUCAUGGGUGGGGAGAGCACAGAGAGUGAAAUGUGCGUUUCUGUCAGCGACGCGGGGCAGGGCCGCCGAAUGGGCGCAGUCGGCCCUGCCGGCGCGCCUUCUCCCUAUCACGAGAACACCUUCUACACCUCCAACCAGCAAAGAAAAAAAUUGGCAAAUUAG